ACUCGACCUAGCCACUGAAGUCGUUCACAAAAAUGUACUUAAUCAUUUGGGUAAAGAAGCAAAUAAUUUAGGAGAAAAUGAAAACGACGAACAAAAGGAAGCUAAAUCAAGUACACAUCUUGUCGAAGACUAUAAUAACAGCAAUACGCAAACCAAAGAUUUUCCAUGUUAUCUUGAUGAAAUCCCCCCUCACGCUGAAUACCCAUAUAUGGGAAAAGAUUGGAUAAUGGAUGGUAUAAACUUGAGCAAUAAUCUAAAGAGAAUCGGUAUAAUUAAACGUGGCCAUUUUAACUUUUCAGAUACAGACUGUACAUCACAAAUAAGUGAUGACCAUUGGGACAAGAUCAUAAUCCCAUUUUUAACAAAACAUAAAUUGAAAAAUGCGUUUUCAACGGAAGAUGACGAACAAAUGCUAAUAAAUAUGUUCGGAGAAGAGAACAAAAAGAAGCUCUUAGAACCAGGCAAUCUGAAUUUGAUAUACAGCUUGACCGAUAUCGAAGAGGAUGCCAUAAAAGUUCUUGAAAUUGUGAGUCGAAUACGAUUAGUUUUGUAUCUUAAAGAAUUUUCUGUUUGCCAGACCUUGACAUCGCUGGAGAAAAAAUGGCCAACAUCUCUUCCUUUUGAUCUAUUGGACAAGCGAUUGCGAGAUAUUUUAUGGGCUUCUGAGCUUAUAAAAUGGGUGAUCAUGCAAUGGCAGGAUGGUACUUUUCUAAAAGAAAUUAAAGAGCAAUGGAUCAAAAUACAGUUAGCAUCUCGGCUCCUCGUGCCACUGAGACCAGUAAAACCAGGCGAAAUUGAAUCAAACGCAGAAAAAAUAGUCUCUAACUACAAUAAAGCAUUGAUAUUAUCAAAAAUAAAGUCAAAAACUCGUGUAGAUGGACUUGAUGAUGAUGAAGAAUUUGAGAAUGUUUGGGUUGAACUGAAAGGUGGCUUCGGUAAUUAUCAUGAAGCUGAAAACCAAAACAAUCGUGAGGAUUUAGGCAUAUUGCUUAAAGGAUUCUCAAUAAUGUCCGCAAUGCAAGCACUUACGUUGCCAGAAGAUGCAAAGAAGAACAUUGGUGAUCUUGAAUUUUUCGGAAUAAGAGGGAUUGGAAAUCAUUUUCAAUUCUGGGGCAGUUUUCAGGCUUCCCAAUAUCUCAUGUGCUCGUAUCUAUUAGGAGAAUUUCGCUUACCAUCAUUUGAGGGAAGAGAGGGUAGUGGCAUUCAAGAUCUAUUAUAUGCAAUUAAAAUUGUUUACUCAUUCAAGGUAAGGGUGGAAGCCAGUAAAUUAAAGUUUCAUCAGAUCAGAGCUCUAGCAAGAA